GGACGUCAGCCAUUCAGCCAAGCCCAAACGCUUUUGGGCUUUGAGCUUCCUAGCUAGCUAGCUUCGCUUUGAACGUCAGAGACAAGAGUUCUACCCAUGCAAUUCUACGAGAGUUCAGCAUUUCAUUCUCUCAGCAAUCAAACAUGAGGGUGCACGUCAUGGGCGCCCCCUGGAAGCUUGUUGCCGUCCUGGCUGCUUGUGCUGCGCCAAGCAUGGCGUUCCAGGCGUCGCGGGGACUAUGCUCAACUACUUCAGCUCAUUUCCUUGAAGGGCAAAAGACCCAGCUUUCGGCGGUACCCUCCUUGCCUCAGCUCUUCCUCGCCGAUGCCUCUGAUUCCAUUACUAUGGAUACAUUCAAUGCUUUGAAUGGGAUUGUGAUCGAAGACUCCACUGUUGGCGGUGCUGGCUCCACGGACGGUCUGAUUCUAGUGGCUUCAGGUGUUGCAGUGAUUGCCUUACUGGGUUUGGUGGGGCUUCAGUUCAUACAAAUGGGAGAUGAGAAAAAGCCACAAUCAGAAACGACCGUUGCGCCAAUCAGCACAACUUCUACUCCGACUUUUACAGCGGAAGCCAAGUCGGUGUCAGUGGCCCAGGAGGCUUUGGAUUCUACCCCUGAAAUAGAUGUUAAGACUACCCCUGCUGAAGUUGAGACUAUUGAGCAAUCCGAUGACGUGGAAGAAGCCAAUCCCAAAAACGCUCUGAGGCCAGACAGCUCUCCGUUUUUUGCGUCCCCAGACAAGUAUGGUAUAACUCAAAGGGUGGAUGUUGCCUUGACUGCUCUGAAUGAUGACGAUCGUCCUAGAUUGCUGGCUGCACUGGGUCGUCUGAUUGGCCUAUUGCGAGCAGCACGCGUGGAACUAAAACGGGAAACCCAACUACGACAAGAUGCCGAAAGGAAGGUUGCGAUAUUGGCUGAAGAAUCCAGAGACUUGGAGGACAAAUUUGAAUUGGAACAAACCAAGGUAGCUUCCACUUCCAGGAAAUUGGUACAAGCUCAGUCUUCCUUGGGCCAAACUGAAUCAAGACUUAGGACGACAACAGCCCAUUUGGAAGAGCUCCAAGAGGAACGACAAUCAUUGCGCAAAUUGGGUGGGGCCGCCUGGAGGUUGACGAAAGAUCGAGUACGAAACCGAGUCGGAAGGCUUGGUAGAAAGAAGGAGGAAAGCUGAAUAUGCUUCUUUGUUUUUGUUGUUUUUGUAUGUACAUGUAUGUCAUGUGAGGAGGAAAAGUGUUGAGUAGCUGUGGUUUAAUUAAUUCGACGUGCGUAGUGUAGUUCCUCAGGCAC